AUGGCCAGGGACGCGCAGCGAGUGCAGAUGCAGCAGCGGGAGGAAGCUGCAAAGGCAGUCGAGGCAGCUGCACUGGCCGACCUGUCAAAGCAACGCCAAGUUCAGGCAGUGAGGGAGCAGAGCGAGGAUCUGAGGCUGCUGCGGUCGGCAGUGGACGAAGCCAAAGCUGCCAUGCAGCGCCGGCAACAGGAGAGAGACCAGCAGCUGCUCAAGGCGGAGGAGAAGGGGUACAGCUUGGCUCUGGACAGUCUCAUGGAGGCAGAGAGGCAGGAGGCUCUGGAAGCAGAGAAGGCUGAGGAGCACAGCCGCAAGAGCAAGGGCGCCCACUCGCUGCAGGCGCUGCAGCAGCAGAUGGCAGAAAAGGCUGCCGAGCUGGCAGCAAGCCAGGCCCAGGUGGACAGGGAGAAGGCGAUGAUAGACGCCAUAGUGGCGCGAAUAGAUGCCGAGGAUGCCGCUGCGGCCAAUCGCAAGCGCGGGAAACAAGCGGCGCUGUCUCAAUCGCUGCAGGAGCAGCAGCGCCUGCGAGCCUCUCUGCAGGCAGAGGCAAAGGAGGCGGAGGCAGAUGAAGACAAGAGGAGACAGGAGUACCUGGAGGCAAAGCAGACGCUCGAGAACCAGCAGGCUGCCAGCAAGGCAGCCAAGAAGGAGCGCGCUGACUGGGCGUAUGAUCAGCUGAAGCAGCAGAAGGAGGAGGAAGCGCGGAGGCGCGAGAAAGAGGAGGAUCUUAUAAAUCUGCUGCGCGCCGAGGAGGAGGCCGAGCGCGAUCGGCGCGCGGCCGACACUGCCCGAGCCCGGCAAGAAAAGCUGCGCGCUGAAAUGCUGGCCGCCAACCAGGCGAUGCUGCGGCUUAAGGAGGAGCGGGCAGCGCAAGCAAAGCAGGAGGAGCAGAGGCUGCGGCAGGAGAUGCUGGCUGACAUGGCGGCUCAGGAGCGGCUGGAGCAGAUGAGCGCGCAGAGGGCACGGCUGCGCAGAGCCGAGCAUGCGCGCGCGGUCGAUCGGCUGCUGCAGCAGAAGCGCGCCACCGAGGAUGCCGCGCAGGCCAAGGAGCUCGCGGCUGAAGCGGCAAAGGAAGCGAUGGAGCAGAAACGCUCGGCAAUUCUGCAAGAGGAGCGCAUGAAGCUGCUGAGGGAGGCGGCGGCUGUGCGCCAGUGCCUGCCACCUGGCACGCUGACGGCCGAUGACGUGGCGCUGAUGCGACAGGCGAAUCUUCUGUGA